AUGGGCAUAUUCAACCAAAAGCCCAAGUUUAAAGUUGUUGCGCCGACGAUCCGCAAGAUCGUGGUUCCUGUUGGUACUGCGAAGCCGAGAUCAGAACCUCGAAACUCGCGGCUUGCUACGCCCAAUUCCGACAACCUGAGUGUCCGGCAUACCGCGAAUAGUAACGGUAAAAAGACCGCAUCAUUAUCGUCGCGGGCCUCGUCCUCGCCGAGAAGUCGCAAUAGCCUUUCGCCGUUUCCGGCCGCCAACGAGAAUAAGAACCGUUCAGGCCGAGACGCCGAUCGCAAGCGAAAGCUAGUCAGAGGGUCCUCGCAUCGUGCUUCGCCAGCAAAUGAGCGCAUAGACUUUGACAAAGACUCUGACACUGAUGACAAUGACUGGGAAAUGACAUUGAGUGCGCGGGGCCAAAGGAAAAGGUCGCGGCUGGACGGGAGCCGAGUGAUUGACCUGGAUCGCCGUCUGGCACAUCCUGCUCUACUGGGGACGUUGAAUGACGGAGAUGGACUGAAGGACAAAGAUGCAGCAAAGCCAAAUAUUGUACACGCCGCAACUGUGGCGUGUCUGGCACUCAAAUGUGUGCCAGUGCUAGGCUCAACGAGUGACGACGUUUCCGUCGAGCUGCAGUAUCCCGGGUCCAAGCACAGAGAAAGAUACGAGCUUGUCUGGGGCAAAGACAAAAUCGACGCUAUCAAAGAUAUGUUGACGACUAUACGAUACACCGCAGAAAUUUACUUAACAGACGAGCAAGCUGUGCCAUUUCUUGACCCAACAACUGGCAUCGUGCGACAGCUAGAGCGCGCAUCGAGCGACAAAGUAAAGGACCUCAAAAUGUUUACGUCCGCGCUGAAAGACUACAACGAUCGACUACUUGCCAUGCAAAAAAGCGGAGUGGUAGCGUCCAAUCUCUCCCAAAAACAUAACCUGCCUCGACACCUUGCAGCUUUCAUCCUGGACCAGGUUUAUGACCGAACGGUGGCCCCAAAAGUUGACCUCCUUCGAAGGUAUGAGAACGGAACCGACAACGUGUACGGCGAGCUCCUCCAUCCAUUUAUUACCGACAUACUGGUGGACAGGUUGCAUAUGACAUCGGGCCAGGUCUUUGUUGAUCUUGGCUCAGGCGUCGGCAACGUCGUUCUUCAAGCCGCUUUGGAAAUAGGAUGUGAAAGCUGGGGGUGCGAAAUGAUGGAGAAUGCCUGCAAUUUGGCAGAGGUACAGAAGAAGGAGUUUACGGAAAGGUGUCGGCUAUGGGGGAUCGCUCCAGGGGAAGUGCAUCUCGAAAGAGGCGACUUUCGCUGUAACACAUCUGUCCAAGAGGUAUUGAAACGGGCAGACGUUGUUUUGGUUAACAACCAGGCGUUCACAUCGCAAUUGAACGACGACCUCGUGAGGAUGUUUUUGGAUUUCAAGCCUGGCUGCAAGAUCGUGUCGCUGAAGAGCUUUGUCCAUGACCACAAGAGUGCAUCACACAAUAUCAACGACGUUGGCGGCACAAUUCUGAACGUCGAAGUAUUAACGUACCCGGAGGGUUACGUCAGUUGGACAGGAGCCGCUGGGAAUUUCUGUAUUUCAACGAGGAGGUGA